AUGGAUUCCUGUACAACAGCUCUUUUCGCUUUGAAUGAAGUCAUACUCUCAGUGUUCUCUGCCACACACAGUGAGGAUGAGCAGGUUUCCCAGCCUAGUAAGCUCACUCCUAAAGACAUUGGCUACAUACCUAAUGGCUGGGUUGACGCUAUAAACUGUGUGGAGCGAGAGAAAUGGCUUGAAGCUGCUCACAAAGAGCUCGCUGCGCAAAUCAAAAACGGCACAUGGAGAGCCGUUGACCGCAAGUCUAACAAGACAAAUCGCAAGCCAUUAACCCUACGCUGGGUUUUCAAUAUUAAAAAGGAUGACGGUCGAUACAAAGCUCGCCUUGUUGCGCGAGGUUUCAAUCAGAUCAAGGAUGUCGACUUUCAUGAGGUGUAUGCUGUUGUUGCUAAGCCUAUGUCUUUCAAAGUCUUUUGCGCUAUCGCUGCCGCGUUGAAUUGGUUCCUACACCACCUGGAUAUCAAAACUGCAUUUCUUAAUGCAGACAUCAAGGAGGCCAUUUACAUUGAACUCCCUGAGAACCAGGUUGCUGGUGGCGCACAACAGAUUGCCUCUGAGACCAAGAAGAUCACGAGACUCGCUCCGAUUCUUGGAGACAAGAUUGGACUGUUAAUGAGAACAGUCUACGGCUUGAAACAAAGCCCAAGAGAGUGGUAUAUGCUUUUACACGAUGCUCUCUUGUCAAUCGGCUUUCAAAAGAUACACGCUGACCACUCUGUCUUUGUGAAGUGGUUAGGUAAAGGAACGAUUUCAAUCUAUGUCCUGGUGUAUGUCGAUGAUAUCUUGAUUCUCACUCCUUCUAAAGAGGCUAUUGCGGCUUUUAUUGCGGAGCUUUCGAAGCAUUUCAACCUUACCGACAAAGGCCUGGUUACUGAAUACCUAGGCAUUGAGGUUAUCCGGAAAGGAUCCUCGAUUGGACUCUCGCAAAAGAAGUUUAUCACUGCGAUGCUCCACCAAUACGGUAUGCAGCAUAGUAAGCCGGUUUCGACUCCUUUCAAUGAGAAAGAACCGCUUAUUCCUGCAACGGAGCAAGCUACGCCUGCUGAAUGCAAGCUAUACCAGGAACGGGUUGGCAAAAUCAUUUGGUUGAUGGUCAGCACCCGUGGCGACAUCUCCUAUGCCGCCAUCCAGCUUGCUAAGCAUGCUAGAAAUCCUAGCCAGCAGCACGAACAGGCUCUCAAACGUCUAUUCCGCUACCUUUUAGGUACAAUUAAUCACUGUAUCUGGUUCAAAAGUGAUCACCAAUCUGCUCUACAUGGUUACUGUGAUGCUGACCACGUUGGUCCUCACUCUACCAAUGGGAUCUCCACUUCCGGCUUCGUCUUUCGCCUUGCUGGUGGGCCUAUUUCCUGGGCAUCAAAGAAGCAAGCUUGUGUUGCUCUCUCGUCAACCGAGUCCGAGUACAUUGCACAGGCAUUGGCUGUACAGGAAGCGCGCUGGUUGAUCUUACUACUUAAUGAAUUGAGGAUGCAAGAUCAUGGCUUAUUACGAAAGCCAGUUGUCAUCCAUGCCGACAAUACUGGUGCCAUUGCGCUCGCCAAGAACCCGGAAUACCAUGCAAGAACUAAGCAUAUUGCUGUACGAUACCAUUUCCUACGACAGGAAGUCUCGUCAGGCUCGGUGACGCUUGAAUACAUUCCUACACAGGAACAAGCCGCUGAUGGUUUUACGAAGCCUUUGGGAGCAACAGCGUUCCGGCGAUUCAUUGAUCAAUUGGGACUGCGUCCUAACACCUGA